AAAUUGAAAACAAUAAAAGUAACGACGAAAAAAACAAUAAAAGCCAAAAUGAUAAAGUUGUUAAUGGAGACACUGAUGCAGCAGCAUCUAAAAAAAUUAAUUUGAAACCACCAACUAAACCUGAUGAAGAAGCUCACAAAAAAUCUUUAGAUGAAAUAAAUACAAAAAUCGAUAAACUACGUGAACAACAGAAAUUUGCAAAUUUUGUAAAUAACGAAUCUAAAAGUCAAAAACGUGAAGAAUUAAACGCGCAAUUGGAUAAACUACGUGGUAAACAAUCAGAAAUUAAAAAAGUUAGAAACAAAACCUUUGAACAAAUAAGACUUACCAAUGAUUCUUUACAAAAAAAAAAAAAAGAUUUAAAAGGUGCAAAAUCUAAAUUAAGAUUUAAAUCACUUGAAGAUAUUGACGCUGAAAUUAUAAACUCGGAGAAAUUAAUUGAAUCUGGUAAUAUUACGCUUGUUAGAGAAAAACAAUUAGUUUUAGAAAUCUCUGGAUUAAAAAAAUCUCGAAAAACUGUUGAAUCCUUGUCAGCACUACAAAUGUCAAUUGAUGCUGAUCAAAAGGCCAUUGAUGAAAUGAAAAGAUCACUUGAACUUAGCGAUUUUAAAGAGAUAAAUGAAAAGUAUGAUGAACUAAAAUCACAACUUGAGAUGGUUAAUAAAGAUCAAGCCGAGGAUAAAGAGAAACGUAAUGAACUAAACGACGAAAAAAAAAGAAUAAGGAGUUUGAUAGAUGAAGAGUAUAGUAAAAGAAAAUCACUUAUGGAUGAAUAUCAUAAGGCUAAACAAGAACACUAUAAUUGGCAAAGUGAAGAACGACGUCGUAGAAAUGAACUUCAAAAACAAAAAAAAGAACAAUACGAAAGAGAGAGAAUUGAAAAAUUGACCAAAUAUAAACUUGACCAAGCAUCACUUCCUGCUUUCCAAAAUGAGAUUGUGACUUGUGAUAAUCUUAUUAAUUAUUUCAAAUCUACUUAUGGAAUUGUAAAAAAUACAACUGAAGGUAACGAUAAUUCAGCUCAAUCAUUAGAACCUGAAUCAGAAAUUAAUAUUCGUAAACCUGAUUCUACCAGCAAUGUUCCGGAAGGUACAAUCUUGGUCAAGAAAUCAAAUCGCGACGACGAUUAUUAUACUGGUUCCUCUAAAACAUCCAAAAAAAAAUCUAAAGAUAAAAAAUCCAGCAAUAGCUCCAGACAAACCGCACACUUUCAAUUGUCAAUCAGCAUUAUAGAACAAUUGGAUUCUGUUCAAGUUAUGGUGCCUUUGAAAAAUAUUGACGUGGAAAAAGUUAUUGACGAUAAUGAUGACGGCAAUAAUGGUGUUGUUGCUAAUGAUGAUGUUGACAGCACUAAAAAUAAAGCUGUUGAUAAUAUUAUUAACAAGGGCGAUCAAAAAAUUGGUGAUUUGUCGACUAAAACAGAAAUAGAAACUGCAAAGAAUAAAUAA